AUGUCGCCACCUCCUGCUGCCGACAACAACGCCUCCUCAUCUUCGUUAGCCAAUCGAGCCGACGCUGCAUCCCCGCCACGAGCUUCAUCCUUCUUUGCACGUCUCGGCGCUCGUCGUCCCAGAACAGCCAGCAGGAUCCAUCAGGUCUCAUUUGCUGCUAGCACUUCCAACCUCUUAUCACCCUCUGCUAACGGUUCCAGCUUUUCAGAUUUACUCAGAAGCUCGUCUUCGUCGCAGGUGCAUCUUGCUUCCUCUCCUCCUGCAACCAACUCUCCUCGACCUACUCGCAUCUCACUGCAGACCACAUACACCUCGCCCACUCUCGAGAGAGUCCCUCAAGGAAGGAAUAGUGGCAACGCCAACAUGACCAGCACCAAUGCCUCUUCGCCACAGGCUGGCGGUAGCGCCCUUGGUCGGAUGUUUCGUCGAUACAGUCAGGGUGGUGCUGCACGUAGUGAUUUGCAAGCUAGACCUUCGACCCGCGACCGUGAUUCUUUCAGCGUCUCCCGCAACACUAGCUCUUCCGCGCUGGACAGGGACAUCGGCAGUCCAUUGCGUCCAUCCACUCACGCAGCCGUAUCUUUGCCCUCUGUCCCUCGCUCUAACUCGGCCAUCCUAUCCACAGUUCCCUCAAACGACAGUGGUGCAGGCAUCCCUGCUUCUCGCACUCUGCCAACUUUGGCUGCCGCAGAAGCCCCAGCUUUCCCUUCUCCCGUUAUCGCAUCAGCCAUCACCAACACGCAAGCCUUGGACAGCUCCUCCGGCGCCAACACGCUAUCGUCAGCAAAUGCCGUAAUUGCUCAACCCACCUCCACCGUUGCCGACACUCCUCUCGCCGCAACGACGGGCGCUUCAGGCACACCCACAGCCUCACGCCCACUGAACGGCAUGCAUCGCAUUCGCCUCGUCCCGCAUCUCGAGGCGACAAGAUCGCUCCACUUCGAACCCAUCGAGCGUGAUCUCAAAGAGGGCGCGGGAGCGGUCAAAGUCGGUCGCUUCACUGAUCGUCAACCUUCGCAGCGUGAUCAACUCGCAGCCACUCUCGCAGACGCAACUGGUGCAAAUCACGAUGCCUCCUCGUCCGGAGAGUUCGGAUCUGUUCUGCAAACCCAAUCGAGUCGAGGUCAGCCAGGCGCUCGUGGUGGAGCGAUCCCCAUCAGUGGCAGUCGCGGCGGCGGCGGUCGCAUCGACUCGUCCCGCAUCGCAUUCAAAAGCAAAGUCGUCAGUCGAGGUCAUGCCGAGAUCUGGUGUGAAGCAGGUGGCAAGUUCUUCAUUCGCGACACAAAGUCAUCUUCGGGCACUUUCCUCAAUCACAUUCGCCUGUCGGGCCCAAACAUGGAGUCAAGACCAUUCGCUAUCAAGGACGGAGAUGUGGUGCAGCUCGGUGUCGACUAUCAAGGAGGCACAGAGGAGAUCUAUCGUUGCGUCAAGAUGCGUGUCGAGCUCAACCGAGGCUGGCAGCGCGAAGCUAGUCAGUUCAACGUCAAUGCUCUGCGACAGUUGCGAGCGCUGCAAGGUACUCCCAUCUCGCCGCCCGAGGACAAGGGCAAGACCGCCUCGGCAGCAGCGCUGCUUCCCACCAACAGGCAAGGCGUCAGUGUCACCGACUGCUGUAUCUGUCUAUUCUCAGUAACAGUAUGCCAAGCGUUGUUCAUUGCGCCUUGCUCGCACGUCUUCCAUUACAAGUGUAUUCGACCAUUGCUCAACUUGCAUUACCCAGGCUUCUCGUGUCCUCUCUGCCGCACCUUCGCAGACUUGGACGCAGACGUUGAGGAGGACGAGGCGUGGCAAGAGGCGCUCUUGCAGGAAGCCGCAGCGGCCGAAGCACGUCUAGCGCAGGGUAAGCAGCCUUUCGAAGUUGGCACUCCUGCGGUCGAGCUAGAUGCACCCAUCACUGCAGCUAUGCUGCCAUCUCUGACGAGUGCACUCACGAACGGCGCUAGAGCUGAUGGCCCAACGACAGGCUCUGCUCUCGGAAGACUGCCACUGGCCACAGGCUCUUCGGCAUUGCCUGCUGAGUUGCACGCCGCACAUGCCACUGCCAACCCAUUGUUGGGUAGGGGCACAGCAGCUUUAAGCAAACGCAAGAAUGAUUGGGCUCGACCCGACACGGCAGUCGGAUCAAGUGUCGGUCCUUUGGGCGGUGACAAGACCUUCGCUAUGGAUGAUGCUGCGGAGCCAGCGGGCGUAUCAAAUGAUGCAACCCAUAUCACUGCCGAAUUGGGCGAGAUGGUAGUUACCGACCGACUUCUGAACGAAGAUGCCACAGUCUCUGUCGACCCAACAGCGUUAGUCCCCAGUGCAGCUUUGCAGCGCACCGGUCCUGGCGCCGGCGACGCUGGCUCUCCUGUCCGUCGAGGCUCCGGACCGAUCGCUAUCGGCAACGCACACCGAGCCAUGCCCUCAUCGUCCAGCCUAGCGAGACCCACUGGGCUGGGCAGCCUGGAAGAAGGUUGGCCCUCUGUGGGUGCAGUCGGAGGCUUCUCCCCUGGUCUCGAGGAAUCAGGCACACCCCUCAACCAUACCUUCUUGAGCACUUUAGCAGAAGCUCCGCAAGUCAACACCUCUUCACCUUCAGCAACAACAACAACAACAACAACAACAACAACAACAACAGCAGCAGCAGCAGCAGCAGCGCGGAAUUUUCCGCCAGGCCGAUCGGCACCGGCCCAGAUACUAGUGCCGGCCACCAUCCAUUCAGCGGGGAUGAGCCGUCUUCGGACCACCGCUGAGCAUGGUGUGUGUGAAGGCGCCGUAGGUGAGUAUGGUGGAAGAGGAAAGAAAUCUAGUGACGGUGGAGAGGAUGUGGACACGGCCGAGGAAGAGAUGGGUGGUGCUUCUCUCGGUGCUGCUUUUACCAACGCAGCUGCUCAUCAGAAGGGCAAGGCGAGACUCGAUACUCAGGUCGGCGAGUCUCAGCACAAUGUCGCCCUGGGAGGUGACGGAUCGAUCAAGCUACCCAUCGAUGCGGUCGACCGAUCGCCGAAUGCCAUUAUACCAACAGGCGCACGGGGCCGUAGUCGAAGCCGCAGUCGCAGUCGAGCAGGCAAAGAAGCCAUUCCAUCGGACUCUGAUGACCCUUUCCAACCCUGUGAACAUCCUCCAGUCCCUCGCACCGGCCCUAAUCUCAACGCUAGCGCUUACAUGUCGCAUCAGCAGAGCACCCACGGCGCAAGGCAGGUCAGCACCGACCGCUCUUUCAACCCCAGCCCCAGUGGAGGCAAUGGCAGUGGAGACAGUGUAUCGUCCCCAACUUCGCCAGCUUCGGAGUCGAAGAUGGCUCGUUUCAAGAGACGUAUUUCGCAUGCUAUGUGA